AUGAAGGCGUUUGAGGGUCGCGCCCCCGUGGAAUACCCUCGCAAGCGGGCUUCAAUUGCCUGUAACUUUUGUCGCCAUCGGAAGCGCAAGUGCGAUGGCCAAAAGCCAACGUGUGGGCUUUGCGCCGAUGCUGGCGCCCAGUGCGAGUACCAAGAAAGUGACAGGGUGCAGGACAUCCCCGCCGAAAUCCUGUCUCGCUUGAGUCAUAUGGAGACUCUGCUGCAGCAACAGAAAGAAGCAAUCGCCGAACUCUCGACUCGAAUUACAUCGCAGGAUGCCUCGUCUCCCCAGGACCCGUUGAUAUCCUUGCCAAAUGUGUCGGCGCAUUUGGCCCAGCCGCGAUACAACUGGUACCCGUCGCCUGCUCACACGUAUAGAUCGACAAUCAGUCUUCCAACACAAGAAGAGCCGCCAAUUCCUCUAGGACACUCAACCCCCACAGAACGGUUAUUCUUUCUAGACCGCAUCAAGAACCUGAUUGGCGAAUACCCGCAAGAUUUCUUUAUGCAGCUGGAAUCGACUCGUCUCCCCAAAUUCGAGGACAAAAGCGCCAACCACAGCUUCGAUCGAAUUGACCCGACCCUAUUCCAGACACGAAUCACAGAGCCCUACUUCAACGAGUUUCUGACCAACGUUCAUGCCUUUUUCCCGGUGAUGGAGCCUUUAGCCUUGCGCACCGUCUACGAAAACUUCACCCUAGUACCACGAGGCAAUAGUAUCCAAACAAUACUCUGUCUGGUGAUUAUUGCGUUGGGCAAAGUCUCGGCGAAUCCCGAACACAUCUUCGACAUCGAAGCGGCCGAUGAUCGGAAUGGAAUUGAAUAUUUUGCACCGGCAUAUCACGAGCUGAAGAAUCGAUGGUCGGCAUUCCUGCCUAUGAAUCGCAGUCCAUUUGUGCCGUUGGCAUUUGUCUACGCCUCGUUAUACUUCCGCUAUAUCGGGCGUCCCUUCCAGGCAUCUAAGAUGAUCACGGAUGCAUCUACUGCGGUGAAGUCAUUACAUUCUCUAUUGAGCGUCAAGCCCAUGAUGCGGGAGCAUGACACCCUGUUCCGAACCACCUGGGCCUGCUAUAUUCUAGAAUGUGACGACUUGGCAGAAUUCAACUUCCCUCGCAGUGGGAUCGAGUUCCUCGUCGAAGGCCCCCCAUCAGUGGAAGGAGGAAUGCAUUUCCCCCGACUCUCCGAACCGACCCAAAGAAGCAAUUUAGUCUUCCUCGCCAUGUGCUCCGUCCGCAAGCUUCUAAACCGAGUCCACACCUGGAUCUAUGAUCCAACGUUCCUGGACAAUUAUGCUGCCGCCUCUCCGUCGCAACAAAAGUCAAACCCUACCACCCCCCGGCCCCAGAAGCAUUCAAUUGCCUCUCUGGAAAGGAUAUGCGUUGAACUGAACCGCCAGCUUGAGGAAUGGUUCCAAUCCUUGCCCCCGCAGAUCCGACCAGAUCUGAAAAAGCCCAUGUCCCAUCAAGACGUAUAUGAUAGUUAUAUUCGCGCGCUAUAUUACGCCACGAAACACAUCAUUUAUCGACCGAGUCUUGUAUACGCCGCCCAGAACAAAGAUACAAACGUGUUGCCCGACUACGUCUUCGGAAACUGCAAGCAAUGCAUUGCCAGCUGUCGCAAAUUCGUCGAAGCGGCUUCGCUUCUUCUCGGGAAGAGGACCCAUUCCAACUGGCUGCGAAUGCAAGCACUCUUGGCUGCUAUUUUCACCUUGGCGACAGCGAAAAGUACCCCAUCUCUCGAAGCGAUCGUCUCGGACUUUGACUUUGAUCAGUUGAUGAAGGAGGCCAUCCAAUCUAUCGGGCUAUGGGCACAACACUCCGAGGCAGCAGAUGCAAUCUUGAGUAUCAUCAAGACAAUCCGUCAAAAAAUACGACUCUCGGUCUCCAGAACUUAG